UCAUUGCCAUCAUCAUCAUCAUUAUUUUCAUCAUCAACCGAUGAUGAUGAAUUUAUAAUUAAAACAAAACAAUUGUCUAUUAAUGGUCAAGAAUUUAGAUUAACACAAUCAUCAUCAUCAUUGCUAUCUAAUACACAACAACAGCAACAACAAGGAUCAUCAUUAUCGAUUGAAAAUUAUUUUACAAAAAUUAUCGAUAAACUUUAUCUAACAUCGGCUAAAUAUAUGAUUGAUGAACAUUUAAUCAAUCAUGGUAUAACGCAUAUUGUGAAUGCAACACGUACAGUACCGUUGAAACGUAAUUAUCGUACCUGUCGUGUUAAUAUUGUUGAUUCAACAUAUGAAAAUAUUGGUGCACAUUUCGAUUCGGUUGGUGAAUUUAUUCAUAAAGCAUUGGAAAAUGAAGACGGUAUCGUUGCUGUACAUUGUAUUUCGGGCAUUAGUCGUUCAUCUACAUUGGUUAUAGCCUAUCUAAUGAAAUAUAAGAAUAUGUCAUUAAAAGUGGCAUUCGAUUUUGUACGUUCAAAACGUUGGUUUAUACGACCAAAUACCGGAUUCUUUCAACAAUUAAUUGAUUACGAAUUGAAAUUAUAUGGAACGAAUACCGUUAAAAUGAUUUAUCAUGAAACCGGUGGUUAUAUACCAGAUUUUAUUCUUGCAGAGAAUACUAAAUAUAAAUAUUUUUAUCUUUGUAUUAAGAAAUGAAUGAAAAUUGUUUUUCCAUUUAACAACAACAACAAAAAAAACAAAAACAAUUUACCUCAAAAACAAACAAACAAACACCAUCACACACACGCUUGCCAAUUUAAAUUGUCGUCAUUCAUUGUGAUGAUAAUUUAUUUCACAAAUUUCUCUCUUUCUCACACACUUGAAAACCCUUUCAUUUAACCCUUUUUUUACUGGGGUUUUAUUUAUUUAUUUAUUUGAUUUGAUUGAUGCCGAUUCAUUUUCACUUUUUCUUCAUCUCUUGUCUUGCCUUGCACACAGACACACACACACACACACACACACAGUUUGAUAUUAGGAUAAUUAUUGUAUUUUUGAUUGAUUAAUUGUUCAAUUUUG